AUGUCGUCCAUGCGAGGACUCGUCCAAUUCAUCGCUGAUUUGCGCAACGCACGAGCGCGCGAGUUGGAGGAAAAGCGAGUGAACAAGGAAUUGGCCAACAUUCGGCAAAAAUUCAAGUCUGGCAGUUUGAACGGAUACCAAAAGAAAAAAUAUGUCUGCAAGCUGCUUUACGUCUACAUUCAAGGGUACGACGUCGACUUCGGUCACCUGGAGGCCGUCAAUCUGAUAUCCUCCCCCAAGUAUUCCGAAAAGCAGAUCGGAUACCUUGCCGUAACUCUGUUUUUGCAUGAGCAGCACGAGCUGCUGCAUCUGGUCGUGAACAGUAUCCGCAAGGAUCUGCUGGAUCACAAUGAGUUGAAUAACUGUUUGGCGCUGCAUGCGGUGGCCAACGUGGGUGGCAGAGAGAUGGGCGAGGCGCUCUCGGACGACGUUCAUCGUCUACUUAUUUCCCCCACUUCGAAAGCCUUCGUGAAGAAAAAGGCGGCUCUUACUCUCCUCCGCUUGUAUCGCAAAUACCCUGGCAUUGUGCAAAAUGAGUGGGCCGAGCGCAUCAUCUCUAUAAUGGAUGACCCAGAUAUGGGUGUGACCUUGUCCGUGACGUCUCUGGUUAUGGCUUUAGUCCAGGACAAACCGGAGGAAUACCGAGGAAGCUACGUCAAAGCUGCACAGCGGCUGAAGAGAAUCGUGGUGGAUAAUGAUAUAGCACCGGAUUAUCUCUACUAUCGCGUACCAUGUCCUUGGAUCCAGGUCAAGUUGCUGCGUUUGCUGCAGUACUAUCCUCCCUCUGCAGAGGACAGUCAUGUCCGUGAGAUCAUUCGUGACUCUUUACAACAAAUUAUGCAUGCGGCAAUGGAUACGCCGAAGAAUGUCCAGCAGAAUAAUGCGCAAAAUGCUAUUCUUUUCGAGGCUAUCAAUCUUUUGAUCCACCUCGACACCGAACACAGCUUGAUGUUGCAAAUCUCCAGUCGCUUGGGAAAGUAUAUUCAGUCGCGUGAGACCAACGUUCGGUACUUAGGACUCGAAGCCAUGACGCAUUUCGCGGCUAGGGCCGAGACUUUAGAUCCCAUUAAGAAGCACCAGAACAUUAUUCUGGGGUCUCUCCGGGAUCGCGAUAUCAGUGUUCGACGUAAAGGAUUAGAUCUCAUCUAUAGCAUGUGCGACACCACCAAUGCCGGUCCCAUCGUGAACGAAUUGCUGCGCUACCUUCAAACUGCCGACUAUGCCAUUCGAGAAGAAAUGGUGUUGAAGGUAGCAAUUCUCACCGAGAAGUACGCCACUGAUGCUCAGUGGUAUAUCGAUAUGACCCUGAAACUUCUCUCUCUAGCGGGUGACCACGUCAACGACGAGGUGUGGCAGCGCGUGAUUCAAAUCGUGACAAACAACGAGGAGCUGCAGGCUUACGCGGCCCAUACCUUGCUGAAUUACCUAAAGACUGAUUGCCACGAGAGUCUCGUGAAGAUCGGGUGCUAUGUUCUAGGGGAAUUCGGGCAUUUGAUUGCCGACAAUCAAGGCUCGAGUCCCAUCGAGCAGUUCCUGGCAUUGCAAGCCAAGAUGAUUACUAGUACCGACAACACCCGCGCGAUGAUAUUGUCGUCCUUUGUGAAAUUCGUCAAUCUCUUCCCUGAAAUCAAGCCGCAACUUUUGCACAUCUUCAAGCUCUACAGCCAUUCACCGGACUCCGAGCUGCAGCAGCGCGCCUUUGAAUACCUGUCAUUGGCGACACUUCCCACCGAUGAUCUUCUUCGAACGGUCUGCGAUGAAAUGCCACCAUUCUCGGAAAGAGCCUCGAUUCUUUUGUCUCGACUCCAUCAGAGAACAGCGGGCACAACCGAUAAGAAAACCUGGGUUGUGGGCGGCAAGGACGCCAAUACCGACCAGAAAGAGAUCCUCAUGGCUCAAAACACGGGGCUCAAGCGCUCGUUCACCACCAUUGUCAACGGCACAAAGACCGGAACGAACGGAACGGUGCCGGCGCCGGCAACAGCAGCAUCUCCGUCGAGCGCGUCGGGCGACCUCGCGGGAUUGAAUCUUAGCGCCCCAUCAGCACCCCCUCCAAACCUGGCGAGUGCGGCCCAUCUGACGCCGGACUGGGAGAUUGGGUACAAUCGACUGUACUUCGCCGAUGAAGGUGUGCUCUUUGAGGAUGCCCAGAUCCAAGUCGGGCUGCGGUCUGAGUAUCGGGCUCAUAUGGGCGUGGUAAAAAUCUACAUCAGCAACAAAGCAUCCUUCCCAAUUGGAUCGUUGACCACCACGGUGGACAACCGCUCGGCGCCAAAUCUCAAGGCCGACACCAAGAAUCUUCCCGAUCCCUCUGUUCCGGCGGCAGGCCAAACCCAUCAGACGCUCUUCUUUGCGGCCAACGGACCCUUCACGGAAGCACCUACCAUUCGGAUUUCAUAUCUUGCAGGUGCGCUGCAAGCCUACACCCUGCAGCUCCCUAUAUUAAUGCACCGUUACAUGGAGCCGUCCGCGUUGUCUGCCGAAGAAUUUUUCAAACGUUGGCGGCAAAUUGGGGGUGGUCCUCUAGAGUCCCAGAGUACGUUUAGCGCCGUGGCAAAGGCCAAGGGAAUCAGCGAAUCAUUCACACGAAAAUCGGUCGAAGGAUUUGGAUGGAGGGUGUUGGAUGGGGUUGAUCCCAAUCCCAAGAACAUUGUGGGGUGUGCGGUCUAUCAAUUUUCGACCGGUAAGACGGGCUGUCUCCUGCGGUUGGAGCCCAAUUACGACAAGAAGAUGUACCGGAUCACUAUCCGAGCAACGCAAGAAGUGGUCCCGCAGGCACUGGCAAAGCAGAUCGAGCAGAGAUUAUCGCAGGGAAGCCUAGCGGAUGAUUUGUAA